CCACCGAAGUUGGUGGGACCGGUCCCUAGCUGUAGGGUUUAGUACUGCGCAUAAGAAAGAAAGCAGUGCACUUUCGUAAAUUCGAGCUUCUUUCAUAGGAGCUUUCGCACGGCAUCACCUACCUCCGGUUCGUCCUCCCUCCCCUUUGCUCUAUUCUUGAUCCGCCUUCCAGCAGCAGCGUGCUCUUAAGCUCGCCACCCUUUGCAUUCAUUUGUCGACAAUAUUGAUCCCCCAUUUGAAAGGGGGCCCAAAGUUGCGAUCUUUCAGCAACCCGCGUGCACGCCCACUUCAGUAAUUGGGGUAGGUGAGGUUGGUGAAUUAGGCAAUACAGUGAGAGGAAAAAUGUCGACUUUGGCGCAGCUCCGGUGCACUCCACAGCCGAGGCAGUACAGUCUCCCUCAGAACCGCUCCAUCUCCGAUCAAACCAUCACUAAUGGCUUGCUGUAUCUUCCGAAGAAGAAGCCCGUUAACCCCAAAUUGCAGGCAAAGCUCCACGUGCCAUACGCGGGAGGCGGCAGUGGCGGCAAUGGUGGGGCGGGCCGCCUAGGCGGCGGCGGUGGAGGAGGAGGUGGCGGUGAUGGCAGUUUCGAGAGCUCCUCGUCGUCUGAUUUCGAGGGCCUCGGGAUUGUAGGCCUAUUUCUUGCAGGGUGGAGGUCGAGGGUUGCUGCUGAUCCGCAGUUCCCUUUCAAGGUCUUGAUGGAGGAAAUAGUCGGGGUGACCGCAUGUGUCCUCGGGGACAUGGCCUCGAGGCCGAACUUUGGCCUCAACGAGCUUGAUUUCGUCUUCUCGACCCUGAUUGUGGGGUCUAUACUCAACUUUACCCUCAUGUACCUAUUAGCACCCACUUUGUCCUCAUCAUCUGGCUCGGCCCUACCUGCACUGUUCGCAAGCUGCCCCCCAAGCCACAUGUUCGAGCCUGGGCCAUACAGUAUCCUAAACAGGUUUGGAACGUUUGUGUACAAGGGUACAGUAUUUGCAGCAGUUGGUUUUGCUGCCGGGCUUGUGGGCACCGCCAUCUCCAAUGGGCUGAUAAAGAUGAGGAAGAAGAUGGAUCCGAGCUUCGAGACUCCCAACAAGGCCCCCCCAACGAUCUUGAAUGCGGUCACCUGGGCGAUGCACAUGGGGUUGAGCAGCAACUUCCGGUACCAGACAUUGAAUGGGAUCGAGUUCCUUCUCGCAAAAGGGCUUCCUCCAUUUGUCUUCAAGACCUCUGUGGUGGUCCUGAGGUGCGUAAACAACAUCCUAGGAGGGAUGUCCUUUGUCAUACUCGCAAGGAUGACAGGAUCACAGAGCGUCGGCGAAGCAAAGCCAGAGAAAGUGAUCGACGGGCUGGCAGCGGAGAAGGAGAAGCUCAUCUCCGAGGACUUGCAGGGCAGUGAUGCGAGUUACAAAUGAAGUGAUAUUACAAUUCAUUUUUGUUUAUUUCUCUCUGUUAUCUGUAGGAACUACUGCUUGUCUUCCUUUUAUUGUUUAUAGCUUUGUUAGUAAGUCAAAGAGGAGGGAAAUGACAUAAUAAAUGGCCGAGAAGAGAGGGCAUGUUUCUUCUGGGGAUCUCCCGUUUCACGGGAUUCGCUCUUCCAAAACUGCAAAACUAUGUAAUAUGAAAAUGCUCGAGUUUCCGAUCGACUCAGUCCUGGGUACAUGUUUACGUUCUCUUAUUUCUUGGGCAGGAAAUUGUUUAGGCGUUUGGUUCUGGUGAUUUUGACAGGCUGAAGUGAUCUGUAAGGAACAGGACAGAUUGUUGAUUCUGCUUCAUAAGUGCAAAGCCGGCAUGGUUUUUUCUGUUC